GUGGAAAUUCCAAGUUUCAAGUGAGUAAGGUAAAAUCUAACAGAAUGGGCAAAUUUCUGGUGAUUUUGGCCUGUGUCCUGGGCACGGUCAUCGCAGGACGCAUUCCAGUAUCCAAUGAUGGCAUUUCCUGGUGGGAUGUACGUCCCAGUCUUAUGGAUAUGGUGAGACUACGUUAUCAAUUUAAUCCCUGGAGUAGAAUACAGCUGGAGAAUCGUGAGAUGGAGGAUAGACGACUCAAUGAUCUGGAGGUAAAUCGACGACAGAAUCGUAUCGAUAGCAUCGUGGAAAAUCAGGAGCAGCAGUCGCAGGAGGACGACGAGCAGACAGAAGCCGAGUUGGAGGAACGCUACACUCGUGUGCCCAUCAACCGAGAGGUCCUUGAAGGGGUUGAGAGCAAUCUUCCCAGCUCGGAUGUGAAUAGCAAUCGUCUAUUGCACGUGGGACGUCGUCGUCAGCAGCAACUUUCCCAGCCCCGUGGUGGAGAACGUAGAGUACAAGAGAAUGAUCGACAGAUCGAUAACAUGCUGGAGUCACGCCGACAAGGACUCUGGGUAGAUAUCAAUAGGGAUCAGUCGAUUCCAAGUGAUAAUCUGCAAAGUGUUCGUCGAGAUGACGAUCGCCUGGUGCACAUCAAUAGACGCCGUCUGGAACAAACCCAGGAGAAAGUAUUUCCACGUCGUAUUAGUCGCAUUGGAGAGGGUCGUCGAGUGGAGAAAGUGGGUCCAAUGCCAGAGGAGAAAAUACUGCAGUUUAUUCGAAAGGACAAUCGUCUAGCGAACUUAAGCGAUGAUGAGAUCAUUGAGAUGCUGCGUCGCCAACGUCAGGAAAAGAUCGAGCAACGUGGUGUGAAUAAUCGUGUGGAGCAAGUUGACGAUAUUCAAAGCGAUGAUCUUCAAACUGUUCGUCGGGAUGAUGAACGCCAAGCUUACAUCAACAGACGUCGACUGGAACAAGCCCAGGAGGAACUGAAUUCACGUCCUAUUAACCGUUUUGAAGAGGAACGUCGUGUGGAGGAGCGUCGUGGACAGGAAAGUCGUAUGGAUCGUCGUAUGGAUCAACGUCAGCAGCAAGAAGAAGAUGUUGUUGAUCGCUCAGUUGACAAUCUGAAGAGUGUUCGACGUGAUGAUGAUCGUCUGGUGCACAUCAGUAGACGCCGCCUGGAUCAAACCCAGGAAGAGAUGUCACCCCGUCGCAUUUCUCGCAUUGGAGAGGGACGUCGAGUGGGUGACGCUGACACAAUGACAGAGCAGGACAUUCUACAGUUUAUUCGCAGGGAUAAUCGUCUUAACAACUUAAGUGAUGAGGAUAUCAUUGAGAUGUUGCGUCGCAAUCGCCAGCGCAAGGAGGAUACCCGUCAGGAACGCAUGGAAGGACAUCGUGUAGAUCAGCAGCAAGUGGAAAGGGAUGAGGCUGUUCAGCUUGAUGAGCUCCAGAGUCUACGACGUGAUGAUGAUCGUCUGGUGCACAUCAGUAGACGCCGCCUAGAUCAAACCCAGGAAGAGAUGUCACCCCGUCGCAUUGCUCGCAUUGGAGAGGGACGUCGAGUGGGUGACGUUGAUACAAUGACAGAGCAGGACAUUCUUCAGUUUAUUCGCAGGGAUAAUCGCUUGACGAACUUAAGUGAUGAGGAUAUCAUUGAGAUGUUGCGUCGCAAUCGCCAGCAAAAGAUCGAGGGACUUCGUGAGGAACGAGUGGAAGAUAUUCAAGGCGAUGAUCUCCAAACUGUCCGUCGGGAUGAUGAUCGCCUAGUCCACAUCAACAGACGUCGUCUUGGCCAAACCCUCUAAAAGAUGAUUUACCGACCAGUUAGCCCAAAUGGAAAAUAGCCGAAAAACAUAUCGAAAUUAACAUGUAAUCCUAACAUUAGAAGGGUGUUGAAGAACCCCUAAAUAUAAUCUGCAAUCGAUGCAAAAUGCAUUAAAUAA